AUGUCAUCAACCACAGAGGCGUCUCAAACAGCGGGACCACCCGCAUCGAAACUCUCACAAGAGCUCCCUUCAAAGCCGGCAGCAGCAGGAGAAUCUUCUCAGCAGGGUCAGGGACAAGGCCAGCAGGGAGGCGCGCAGAAGAAAUGGCAGAACGGCGGCAACAAGCCCAGCGGCAACAAGCGCCCGUUCCAGGGCGGCCAGACAGGCGGGAGGGGCAAGGACAAGCAGCGCAAGUCGAAGCGUGAGAGGAACAUCACCGAGGGGUCUUCUGAGGAGGUCUUGGCGUUCGACGUGCAAGCGCUCAUCGCAUUGCGCAACGAAUCACUUCCCGAAGCGCCGGCGCCGGCGGCGGAUGAGGAGGUAAAGGGCGGCGAGAGCGAGGAAACCGAGACCAAGACGCCGUCGCAGCCUCCCCUUCCGGAAACCUUUACCGAAAUCGAAGUCGAAGUCCACGCAAUCUCCUCGACCGGAGACGGCCUCGGCUUCCAGGUCGGCUCCGCCUCCACGCAGGUCUACGUCGUGCCCUUUGUCGCACCCGGCGACAUCGCAAAGGCGAAAGUCAUCAGGCACGUCCGCGAAGAGUCCUACUCGGUAGCCGACUUCGUCUCCGUCGUAAAGGCCGGCCCCCUCCGCGACGACGCCCGCGUGAACUGCAAGUACUUUUCCCAGUGCUCCGGUUGCCAGUUCCAGAUGCUCGACUACAACACCCAGCUCGCGCACAAGCGCUCCAUCGUCGACAAGGCCUACAAGAACUUCUCCAACCUGAACCCGGACUUGGUCCCCUCCAUCAGGGACACCAUCGGCAGCCCCCUGCAGUACGGCUACCGCACCAAGCUCACGCCGCACUUUGACGGUCCUCCUGGUCACCACAAGAGGAACAAGCCCAAGCAGGCGCUGAGCAAGGUCCCCGAGAUCGGCUUCAACGCAAAGGGCCGCCGCCACGUCUUGGAUAUCGAGGACUGCCCCAUCGGAACCGACGCCGUCCGCCUGGGGAUGAAGCGCGAGCGCGAGCGCAUCGCCAGGGACUUUGGAAACUUUACAAAGGGCGCCACGAUCCUGCUCCGCGAGAGCACGAAACGCUACCCCAAGAAGGUCAUUGGUACUGGCGGCAGCGCUGCGACGGAAGGACAGCAACAAACCACCACAGAACCGGAAGAUGAACCCCCCGCGGACACCCCCUCAGAUGCGGUGCGCGUCGAGGCAGACACCCACGUCGACAUCAAGACCUGCCUCUCGGCGACGGGCGCCAUGUCGAGCGAGUACAUUGACUCGUACCUCUUCACCAACCCCGCAAACUCCUUUUUCCAAAACAACAACUCCAUCCUGCCCAAAUUCACCCAAUACAUCCGCGACCACGUCAUGCCCCCCCUGGGCCCCCACCGCGACCGCAUAAAGUACCUCAUUGACGCCUACUCGGGCUCCGGUCUCUUCACAAUCACCCUCGCCUCCCUCUUCACCGGAUCCACGGGCAUCGACAUUGCCAAAGAUUCCAUCGAGUGCGCACGCAAGAACGCCAGACUCAACAACCUGCCCGAGUCGCAGUGCAACUUCCUCGCCGCCGACGCGCCGCAGCUGUUCAAGCAGGUCACCUACCCGGCCGACGAGACCGUCGUCGUCAUCGACCCGCCGCGCAAGGGCUGCGAUAAUGACUUCUUGAGCCAGCUGUUGGCGUUCGGGCCGAGGAGGGUCGUGUACGUCAGCUGUAACGUCCACACGCAGGCGCGUGAUGUAGGCGUGCUGGUUCGCGGGGACGGUGGCGACGGGACAAAGUACGAGAUUGAGAGCAUUGUGGGUUUCGACUUCUUCCCGCAGACGGGACAUGUCGAGGGUGUUGCGGUGUUGAACAGGAUCGAGAAAAGUGCUUGA